GCUUUUCCUCCCCUUUACGAGCAAUCUUAGGCACUACAUUUUCCUUAUUGGUCGGGCGUUUUCCUGGGCAGCCCCCUGCUCAGUCUGGGUCUUUCCGGACAGUAGGCGCUGAGCUGUGCGUCACUGCCUUCCGCCGCCUUCCCGGGCUGCUCCAGCCAAACUCGCGUAGUGCCUGCGGCCUCCAUGUCUUUUCCCCGGUGUGCCCUGUUGUGGGCUCGGCUCCCGGCGAGGCGCCGGGCUGGACACCGGGCAGCUAUCUGCUCUGCCCUUCGCGCCCACAAUGGGCCCUUUUCUGGAAGCCUGGGGCGCAUUCUUGCCCUUGCCUCAGCCUCCUCCUCUGCAUCAGGAGGCUCCAAAGCCCCAAACACGUCCUUGUUCGUGCCGCUGACUGUGAAACCUCAGGGCCCCAGCGCGGAUGGGGAUGUCGGGGCUGAGCUUACCCGCCCUCUGGACAAGAAUGAAGUAAAGAAGAUCUUAGACAAGUUUUACAAGAGGAAAGAAAUUCAGAAACUGGGUGCUGAUUAUGGACUUGAUGCUCGUCUCUUCCACCAAGCUUUCAUAAGCUUCCGAAAUUACAUCGUGCAAUCUCAUUCCCUGGAUGUGGACAUUCACAUUAUUUUGAAUGAUAUUUGUUUCAGUGCAGCUCAUGUGGAUGAUUUAUUUCCAUUUUUCUUGAGACAUGCGAAACAGAUAUUUCCUAUGUUGGAAUGUAAGGAUGAUCUACGUAAAAUCAGUGACUUAAGAAUACCACCUAACUGGUUAGUUUCUUCAUUUGUGGAUUUGAAAUUAUCUGUCUUGUUUUGGGAAAUUAGUGAUAAUUAUUAUUUUUUAUUCUCACGAGGUUUCUUUACCAUCAGUGCUCCCUGCGCCGCUUACCACGCUGCCCACGUGUUUCUGAAACACGUGCUCGCUCACGGGGUCACCUCGCCUCCUGUGACGCACUUAAAGCGGCCCUCCUCUCAUCCAUGA